CUUAAACCCUUCCAUUUCUGUCAACUCUCACAGACAAAUUAUCAAAUGUCAAACUACUUACAAUUAGUUGUCAAAAAAGUAAACAAACUGAAGUGAAGAUUAAAAAAAUAUUUUGUUUAUUCUUUUCUUAAAAUAACAUGUACUAUUUAAAUCGAUAUUUUCAUUCAUAAAGGUAAAGAUAAGAUAUCAUUUGUUAAAAUGAAAUGUCAUGUGCCAGGCCCUAAUGUUAAAGUUUUAGGAAGGACAAUACAUGCUUUGGCAAGAUUUGGCGAUGAAUUAUAUUUAGAAUCUCUGCCCGAUUCUAUACUUUUGAGGACCUUAAAUGCUGCUGAAAGUGCCUAUGCUAUGAUAAAAUUCAACAAGAACUUCUUUUCUCAUUUCAACUAUAACUUCUAUUCUACAGAAGAUAAUGAAGGUUUAAAAUGCAAAAUAUCAAUGAAGUCUGCACUGAAUGCCUUUAAAUCUCCAACACACAUGGAUAAACAAGUAGAGAACCUUGAAAUAAAAUUGGAUCCUGAAUCUUCUAAACUAAUCUUUCAACUGAAAUGCAAGCAUGGUAUAGUUAAGACAUAUUAUGUUUCAAUAUUAGAUUGUAAAGCUAUGCAAGCGGUAUACACCAAAGACUUGGUGCCUAACAGAAUAAUAUCUUCCCCAAGAAUACUUUCUGAAGCUCUUGGAAAUUUUCAAAUUUCGGAUGACCAAGUGACACUUGAAGCAACAAACCAAUCACUGAUUUUACGCAAUUAUGUUGAUGCCAACAUAGACUUAACAAAAAUAAUAAGAACUCAAAUAAGUUUAAAGCCAUCAGAGUUUGACAGUUACACAAUUGGGGAUGAAACCACAAUAACAUUCACACUCAAGGAAUUUCGAGCUCUGCUGGCAUUCACUGAAGCACUAAAUCUAGCUUUACAAUUACAUUUUGAAACCACAGGGCGACCAGCUGUAUUCAUUGUACAUAAUGGCACAACUUUUGAAGCACACUUUGUUUUGGCUACAUCUAAACCUGAUUCUGCAACACAAGCUUCAACACAAAAUAGUUCACGGACAGACAAAAAAAGAAAAGAAGUAAAUAAUCCAGUAGGUUCAGCAAAAAAAAAACCUCACUUAGAUAUAGACAUAUCAAAGUGCUUAGAUGAAGAUUCACAUUUAUUUAAUUAUAUUGAUAUUCCGGAAGAAAUGGAUUUGAGGCCUAUAAAAGUUACUAUAGAUGGCAAUAGUGGAGAUAAAGCAAAUGAUCCAGAAGAAAAUAUGAAUUUUGAUAUUCCAGGGUCACCAACUUCUAGAAUAAAGAUUAAGUCUGUUUUCAAAAGAUGUUUUGAAAACACAUUUGACCCAAGAAGUAUUGAGCGCAUUGUAUUAGCUGAAAACUCUGAUAGUGAUUAAAUUUUGGUUAAUUAAUUAUAUUUAUUUCAAGUAAA